CCAUUGGAUUGCGUCAGCCACCAAGCCCACCAAUGACCGAGAUAAGUAGAUACAUUCAUUACGUAUGUGAAUCCUGUCCUGCUAAAAGAUCGUCAUUCCUCUUAUAACGACGUAGUGAUUAUAUACUCUUUGAUUUAGCGCUUAAACAUUAACAGAAGUGGUUUUAUUGUAAAAAAUUGUGUAUCUUAUCCUUUAAAUCAUAAAGCAAAGAACCGUUUUAAUCGUAAUUGAAUUUUGGUCUUGAAAAGUUUUUAAGGCCGCUGAUUCUGUUUCUUAUUGUAUUGACAAGAAUAAGCAUCAUUAAAUCAAGAAGAAUAAAUUUGGUUGUAUUUAACAUGAGCUGUGUCUACAUGCAAAAAAAUAAGCAUUCAGGUGUCGGAAAUAGUUUUGAACAGAACCAUACAAAUAUUUCUACAUUUAAUUUUGUUAACCCGAGAAGAAUUAACAGCUAUUGUUCUCAGAGAAAAGGGAUUAUUAAGUUUAAGACGUUGUGGUGUAGAAGACACGGUAAAAUGCAGAUGAACUUACAGUCCAGAUCGUAUGUAGUGUCAACGCCGUCCCUGCCGCCUACUGCUAGUACCAAUUUUAAAGGCUAAGUAGUUAUACUUCUACGUUUUUUUUUUAUUGCUUAGAUGAACGAGCUCACGGCCCACCUCGUGUUAAGUGGUUACUGGAGCCCAUAGACAUCCACUACGUAAAUGCGCCACCCACCUUGUGAUAUAAGUUCUAAGGUGUGAGUAUAGUUACUACGGCUGCCCCACUCUUCAAACCGAAACACAUUACUGCUUCACGGCAGAAAUAGGCAGGGCGGUGGUACCUACCCGUGCGGACUCACAAGAGGACCUACCACCAGUAAUUACGCAAUUUAUAAUUGUGCGGGUUUGAUUUUUAUCACACGAUGUUAUUCCUUCACCGUGGAAGUCAAUCGUGAACAUUUGUUAAGUACCUACGUAUUUCAUUACAAAAAUUGGUACCCGCCUGCGGGAUUUGAACACCGGUGCAUCGCUAGAUACGAAUGCACCGGACGUCUUAUCCUAUGGGCCACGACGACUUCACUAAACGUUGACUUCCUACUGAUAAAGGCUAAACAGGGGUGGUGGAGGAUUUUUAUUGAACUAUAGUAGAAUUAUUUUGUCCGUGCAGUUUGGGUCAUAAUGCUAGCCAUACACGUAACGAUAUACUUGUGCAAGUUUAGACUUGUACAAGUAUACAGUAACGUGUGUUGGAAAAUUAUUGCGCAAAUUUCUAGACUUGUACAAGUUUAAAAAAGUUUCAAUUUUCGAUUUCGAACUUGUGCAAAUUUCCGUUUGCGCAAGUUUACUUGAACGUGUGUGGCAUGCCGGCGUCCGAAGUUACAGUAGUAUAGCAACCGCCCGCUUGUGCGCACGUCUUGUGGUCGUUUUAAACGCGCUAAAAUGACGAGUGAGAGACAUGGAGUUCGAGACAAUUUGGAGGAAUUUAUUAAUAUUUACAGAAAUGAAGUCUAUCUUUAAAAUUUUUAUUCAUUUAAUAAAUUGAUGUGCGAAUAAUGCUCUCUUUUUUUUAACCAGUCGUUACACCAUAUAGGUAUUUCGGUUUCUUUUAAGUCUUUUCAGUUUUUUGGUAGUAAAUAUUAAGCAAACUAUUGCCAAAGCUUCAUCCAUCGACACACCCGGAUGCUCUGCUCACUUUCAUAGAAAUGAUAUCGUUCAAUUAUACUUGAGGCGUCUGUGGUCACUCAGGAGUGACAUUAUACCUGUGCAAGUCUAAACUUGCACAAGUAUAUCGUUACGUGUAUGGCUACCAUAAAACAUAGCCCGGCUAGGGCGGUGAGCAUCUUGUGCGGGCGCAACGCUAUUAUCGAUAAAAACAAAUAAGUCAUCGACGACAGGUACACGGCUGCGGGGUGGUAUACGAAGGGUGGUAAGACAUUAUGUUACGAGUCAUUUGUACUUACCUGCAAAUUAUAGUACAUUAUGUCGAAGAGUAAUGUGUUUUUAUGCAUUCGUUUUCUGAAUUUAUUUAGUGACACAAUGGUUACUCUUUUGUUUUGUAUCAAAACGGCAGAAUUUAUUCAAAAUAAUAUUUGCACGUGUUGUUAUCAACAAUGUGUUAAAAUUUUUCACUGAAAUAAGAAUAAAUCCCGAAAAGUUACAAAGUGUUAGUUUCUGCCGUUCUCGUUGUUUUGCUGCGGCGAUAUGUGGUGUAAAUAUUCGAUUAGUGAUUCUUUCUUUCAUUUUUAUUACUAACCCACAAAAUGACAAAAAUAAAUACACUAUCGAUAACGCUUAUCGACAACAAUAAUGCGCAUCACUAUGCCCGUCCAUAAGGCUCGUGCCUGGAAGAGAGAGCGAAGUACUCGCUUCACCGCUACAAUUUUUAUGACCCAAACUGCACGGACAAAAUAAUCCUACUAUAGUUGGGUCGACGAGGUUGGUCACUGUCUUUCUGGUAUAAAGAUGUUGCAGAAAUCCAUAGACCUUGACAGAUGAGGUCGAAGUCUCAAGUCGACUGUAUAACGCCUGUUGUCUCCCUGUUCAAACCGAAAAUAAUUAUUGCUUUGCAGGAGAGAAUACGCAAGGUGGUAGUACAGUUAGUACAGUAUUGCGUUGCUCUCAUUAGCAAAUGCAGUCGAUCUAUAGUUGGCGUCGUGUCCCAUUACCAAUGGCAGUUUUAAUUACAUGGGUGUAGUAUUUUAAUGAUCGAAUUAUAUAAAUAAAAAAUGAAGUAAAUUUUUCAAGAGAUAUCUUUAUCGGGUUUAUCACAGUAUCUAUUUACACGUGUGACGUAAUAUAACAGCGAAUUGGAGGCCCGGAGGGAAUUUUAUAACUGGAGCAGUUUUAAGACAUAGCAAGCUUGGUAAAAUAUGCUAGUAUAUUAUAAUUCAUAUUAAGCGUUCGGUAUAAAAUAUGACGCAUUUUAUAUCAGCCAGUGCCAAUUAAACUUGUGGUCCAACGGUCCUAUGUGUCCUUUAUGUGGGGAUAUCGCAGAAUCACGAUUGGGCGCGCAAUACUGAGUUAUCAGUUUUAUUGAAGGUCAUGGAAUCAAGAGAAGACACGUUUCACGAUAUCUGCCGUAAUCGUUUGGCCAGAUUUUAGAAAGCUGUAGUGAACGACACCGGCGCAGCGCUGGUAACACUCACAAGUAACUUUUUCAGAGUCAAUUUUCGUAUAGGGCAGGAUUUGGCUGGGUCUCCAGGGUUCAGCAAUUGCGACGAGCGCUUUCGAUUCUGAUUAUCGUACAGUAUCCACUUUUCAUCACAAGUAAUGAUUCGAUUUAAAAUCCCUUCAUUAUUGUGUCGGAUCAGCAAAGUAACACAGCAGUCGACGCGUGUUUGCAAAUUCGAUUCGUUCAUUUCAUGAGGUACCCAUCGUUCAAGUUUUUUUACUUUCCCGAUUUGCUUCAAGUGGAUUAAUAGAGUUUUACCCCGAAGCCUGCAGCUAUCACUGAAGUGCUUUGUGAUGGAUCUUCUUCCACAAUAGCCUUUAAUUCUUCAUUUUCCACUUUGGUCUCCGGUCGUCUACGGGGUUGGUUCUGAAGGUCGAAAUUUCCAGAACGAAAACGUUGAAACCAAAAACGUAGCGUGCAUUCUUUUGCGACACCAGCGCCGAACACAGUCAUCAUUAAUCCUUCGAGCUGUUUGUGCAGCACUGGGGCUACGGUAGACCUCGUACUCGUAAAUAUACCGAUAUUUCAUGUUUUCCAUUGUGCGGUAAUACUUAAGUGACGCCAAAGAAAAAAAUAAUGAGGAAAAAGAAAUGAAUGACUGUUUUCAAAACUCAAAUGUACCAACUAAAUGAAUUUAUAAAUUUGAAUUUGGAAUUUUUAACCAAAGAGGAGAUAUUCCAGAUCAAAGUGGUCAACACGACAAAACGCUAAUUUCAUAUUAUGUAUGUACCUAAUAUUUCAAACAUGGACCGUUUCGUUUGCAUUUCAUCAUAAUCUUCAGCAAUUUGAUACUGAUUGCUCGACAUAGACGUUAUGUCGACGUUAUAAGGUAUGUUCGAUCGGCCGCCAUACUUGACUGAUUGACUAUGUCAUCGGUUCAACGUGCCAUAAGUCUUCCUAAGUCUUCUACGACCUAAUCUCAGCCGACCGUCACUGUGUUUUCAUUUCGUCCUGCUAAGUUUACAGCCCAACUCCAUUUCAGAUCUGCUGCUCUUUUACCCAAAUCUGUAACUUUUUUUUAUCGUCUAAUAUCGAUAUUACGGUUUCGAUCUAUUAUAUUAUGUUAUCAGAUGCAAGGUAUUCUAUCGCUCGCGGUGCAUAGUCUGACAAGUAUUGGUCCAUGUUUCUGCACCAUACCGGCAAAGGAAUUGAUUGUCUUGAAACAUUGUAGGAUUUUUUUAUUUAGAGAUAUCUUCACUUCUCUAAAUGCAGCCCGCCCAUUCUAAUUGAUAUUCGCUACCCAAGGAUAGAACAUGUCACUGAUCCACUAUCUUAACUGUUCUUACCUCACAAUUUUAAGUAAAAACUUACUUAGGUAUUCACAAUACGUCCUAACUUAGUUUAGUGAAGGCUCUUUUUUGAAUAAUAUCACGUGUGAUUAUUACGUAUUGAACGUACAAAUAUGUUGUAACUUUUUUUUUCCAACCUAUUCUAGUAACUUAUUCUAGAUUCACCGAACUAGUAGGUGAGCUCGCGGGGCUCAAACCUAACGUUGUUGCUAACACGAGCGAACUCUCAAGCGUUUUGUUAUACUAUUCGUUAUACGUAUAAUUGAGACUUUAAACUCCUCAUGUCUCGAUAUGGCCUUCGACAUUAUUUUAAAUGCACUGCGAUAACCUCUUAACCUUUAGUGAUCCAUGUGUUCGUACGCACUAUCCAUUUGACGGAAUAAAAAAAAAACGAUUCACUUUUCUCAAAACAAACGGGAUUUGAAUCUGUGAUCAUAACAGUUACGUCAUACGUGUGUUGCGGGCUUCAGUUCACAGAACUACUUUUGCGGCUUUGCGGAUUUCAUUCUCAUUACAUGAGUUUAUUCCUUCGGCAUGGAAGUAUUUCGUGAAGGUCGUGUAAUGCGGAGUUUACAUUACGAAAUUAGUGUCAUGCAUGUUGAACUCAGUUGCACGAAAGUAGUUUCGAUAUAUGAGUCGUCUAUUAUCAAAGGUGGCAAUCUGCAUUUGGAUAAAAAAAUGUUAUUGAUAUGUCAAUACAGAUUGAUUUGAAUAUAAUCGUCUCCUUCAAAGAAUACGGUUCAAAACCUGCAUUAAAUAAAGGAUUAACCUUUAUUUAAUGCAGGUUUAACCUAUUAUUUAUCUAAGAUGUCGUUCAGAAGAGUUUUGUGACUGCCAAUGGAAUACAAAGUCAAUAAUUCGUUUUUCUGGUUUACCAAUAAUUGUCCAAAAGUCACAUUGCCGGCUUUGAUAAUAGUCGACUCAUAUGCGAAAGUAAUUUCGUUAAAAAAUUAGUGUCGCGAAAUCCACAGUAUCGCAGUAACCAUGACGCCAACAGCAUCAAAGCUAUAAUUUGCUAUAUUCAAUGUAGCUAAAGAAAUGCUUAUAAAUAUAGCUAUAAACUUAAAAAAAUACUAUCAAGAAAAAAAAGACGUUGGUAGAUUCGGGGAUGGUCAACAAGAAGGCAUUUAGGUGCAAUGAAGUUAGUCUCUGAAUUAGCAGAUGAAGAUCCUGAGAGUUAUAACUGUUUUCGAAUAAGUGAAGAUAAUUUUGAUUUUUUACUGUAGGUGUUUCGGGUCCCAGAGACACCCUUGUCGCUGAUAUUCAUUAAUAAGAUCUAUAUUUUUUUUUGUACUCCAUCGUUGGUUUGCCAUUUUCAACGCUUGAAGGGCGUCCGAACUAACAAUACAUACGUCGGCACAGCGCAAGUCCUUUCGCGACAUUAGUUUCACGUCGCGUCUACACUAUGAAAUUAGUUGCAUGACACUAAUUUCACCAAAAAAUCGCGCAGGGCACGAAACUAAUUUGCAUGCAUGAAAGUAAUGCAUGCAUUACGAAAGUAUUAAAUUACACGUGAAACUGUUGGUAAAACUAAUGUCACGAAAUUAAUUUCAUGCCACUAAUUUCGUAAUGUAAAUUCCCCUUUAAGUACUUAGGUACGUGUUUACAAAUACAAUAUGGUACCUGGCUGGUUUUAACCCCGGCAUUGUCUCAUUGAUCGUUUUCAAUUCCUUAUUUACCUAUUUAUAUGACUUUAAUUAAUCGAUAGAUUAAAAUAUAUUUUUUUACUAACAAUAUCUCGAAAGAAGAGUAGGUAGGUAAUUCAGGUAAGUAGGUACUUACCUACUUACGAACAAUAAAACGAAUCAUACGGGUAUUAGUCUGAUUAAUAUCAUAAUACAAAACAUUGAUAAGCUUCCAACUUCUUAUUAGCCUAAACAAUAAAGUAAUUCGAUCAUUUUUUGAAUUUCAUAGAUAUGAUUCUUAUUACCGUUACGUAACACAUAACACAAAUACGUACGAUCAUAACCUUCGUAAUUAAAGCAGGCACCACAUAAUGUUAAUAAACUUGUUCGCAUAGACAAUAAAUAUUUAAGUAAUUCUAAAAAUUGAAAAUAAUAGGCACUACCUAAGCUAAUUUACAUAAAUAGGUACCUAUUUAAGUAUGACGUAGGAAAAGACUAGGUAUACAUAUUACGUACUUUGUGGAUUAAACAAUAAAAUAGGUUAUUCAACUUAGUUCAAUGCCGGACUAAAGUGACUCCGUGCCACGGUAUGAGUCAUUCUUAUUUUUUAACCUAAAACGUCACGGCCUAAACAUGUUGAUACCUGUCUGAAUCUGAUCUUUCACGCUUCGCAGUUCUGUUAUAAACCUUGGUGGCCCCUACCUACUUACUAAAACUAUAGUAUUAUUAUCCGGUUUACAAAUAAUUUAAUAACACGUGUUUUUUUACACGCUACAUAUUAUGAUAAUACAGUGGUAUUUAAGGUACAUAUUAUUACGUAUUGGCUCCAAAACUUUCUUUAUUCAGAUUGUAAGUAAAAAUCUAUAUAGGUAAAUUAUUUUCAUUCGACAAGAAUGCAUGAGUCAUUAAAAUUAUAAUGCGCUUGUUUUUAACUUUGUGAAUCCCCAAUUUCCUCACAUUGGCGGACCGGUUAGAAUGAAACGGAACAGUCCAAAGUAUGUAAAACAAAACAGCUCCAACAUAAUAUAUAUUGUAUAGAACAUGGAUGGGAAAAGGUUGGCCGCGUGACUACUGACUCGCUAAUAUCUGGCUCUGUUCAUUGGCUGUUAAAGUUGACGUCAUUCUGUUGAGCCAAUUAGGUUGUUCGAAAAUAAUAUUUAUAGAUUUCAUGUGGUGGGGUUGAGGAAAACCGAGUAUAGUUGAUUUCAGUGUACAGCGUGAUCAAAAAUAUUGCACAAUAUUUUCUGUACUCUCUCGGAGAGCACGUGUUGCGCUUUCAAUUCUGAGAAACUCUUGAACUUUUUACAUUCUGUAUUUACUAAGACGUCUUAAGCAUUGCUCGUUUAAGUUCGAUUCCUUUUUUACAAAAACGGAAUCACAUCGAACUCUAGUUUUGAAAGACUUGCAUACAUUCAUUGUACUCAGGCCUACUCUCGGGACAGUUAGUUGUUUGGGAGCUUAAAGAGUUAACAUUUCUUUAGGAGCUCAAGAAGAGUUCAAUCAAUUCUAUACAAAAUGGUUGCUCAAAAGAUCACCUGCCCGAGUCGGAGCGACGAUAUCGGAACUCAAUACACCAAUCCAAACACCAAAAGACAUGGUUUUUUCGCAAACGAGUCUCAAGACUCGAAACAUUUUGAAAGUAGUAGACCUAGAUCGUUUAAAGCCAGAAAAGAACCAACAGGCGAACGGUCUAACCGGAGUGAUUCACCAAGGAAACAACGGAGUAAUGCCUCAAGGAACAGUGCCAACAGCCAGCUUUUCCGAGGAAUAUUUGAAACCGGAACAGUUAUACGCGAGCACAAUGCUUCACGGUUCGAACUCAGAGUUCUUCCAAGAACUGGAUCAGUUGUGCUCCGAUCCAGAAAGGGAAGAACAAACACGGACCAUUGAUUCUCAUAAAGAAACCGAAAAACGGGCAUGUUCCUUCGACACACCGCACACAUCAUUCUGCCUACAAGGGUGGGAUGUACAGGACGAUAACUCUCCCUACGGCCAGGCAGGCUUUUAUAGUAACACCUCCAUGGACACGAUCUCUCCGGCUUUCGAUGGGUUCGCUCUUAAUAAUGACUUAGGGCCGAUUCCAGAGGAAGCUAAUGAGGUUCAAUUUCCAGAACAAUUUUUGGAUAUCAGCAGCCUGCCUGUCGUUAUCGGAGGUUUAACGUCCGCAGCGGCCCUUGACGAUUCCUGGGCUUAUCCAGAACCAGUCAACUGGACCAACACAUUCAACACAGAUAACACUAUAAACACAGACACACAAAAAACAUUGCCCUUGACCGAAGACGACUCUUGUGAUGCAAAAAUUAUUUCUUUCCUGCCAAGUGAAGUCGAAAAUUGUGAUGUAUUUUUACCUAAACUCAUCGAUCAGUGUGAUGAUGCAGUUUUACAAAAAGAAGGAAUGCACAAGUGCGAAAGAGGACUUUCCAUUGACGUAGGAAUUCGUACACCAAGCUGGCCAGCUGAUGCGAUUAGCACUCCUGAAGUUCUUAGUUACGUCGAGCAAUUAGAAAAAGAAAAGUGCUCACGUGCAUUUAAGGAACUCCGCAAUGAUUUGCCUCUUCAAAAAACGGAACUAGACCUAAACUCAGUAGUAAACAUCAUUCCAUGCAAAAAUAAUGAUUAUGAACCAGUCACACCAAAAAGUGAAUCUCAGCUGGAUUCUGAUAAUGAAGACAGAAGAACACAUUUAAGCAAAAGGAAGCAUCUGGACAGUGAUGAUUCUGAUGAAACCUAUACACCUUUUGCUGAACAGACAUCACGAAAAUAUAAAAGGAAAAAGUCAAAUGUUCCAAUCAAAGAAAUGAUCCUUGCACUUGAGGGAUCGCGACAGGUUGGGACCAGAAGAAGAGGCCGACCCCCCAAGAGACGAGACAGCACACUAUCAUCCACAUGCAGCAUUGAUGAAAAUUCAUCAAAUAUUUCCACUCAAGAAUCAAAGUAUAGAGAGUUGAGAGACAAGAAUAAUGAAGCUUCCAAAAGAUCCAGAAUGAACAGGAAACUCAAAGAACUACAGAUGGAACAAUUGGCAAUUGAUUUGGAAGAAAGAAAUAAAAAACUAAGAGUUAAAGCAGAUAUUUUGGAAGAGCUGACCAAAAAAGUAAAAGAUGCAUUGAUGGCUGCAAUUUUACAGAAAUGAAGCAAAUUGUGAAUAUUUUGUGUAUUGUUAAAGCUCAUAAGCAUCUGCAUCUUGUUACUUAGUAAGUCUACAACGGUGGACUUUUCAGUCUUAACAAGACUACAUAACAAGACAAUGCAUGUUGCAUAUUGGCAAGGAUAGUAAGUAUCCUUAAUAAAAACAACCUGGACUACACAUAAGAAAAAUUGUCUAUUUAUAGGUACAUAAUCUUAUCUAGAAAUAAGAUGUAUUAAUGUAACAAAACUUAUUCUUUGGUUUUGCUUUACAUUUUUGUUGUUUAUCAUUAAAAAAAUAUUUUUCCCUACAAUUGUUUGGAUAUGGCAAUUAAAUAAAAUUACGACUAUGUUAUACUUACCUAAUUGAAAAUAAAUGGAUUUAUUGGAAAA